AUGGAUGUGGUCCAUAAGAUACCGGAGGAUAGCAUUAUUGAUUCUAUCAUUGAAUUAGCCCAUGAGUCCCAGUACAAAACGAUAUAUAAAGAGGCCGUCAAACAUCUUAAAAAGUUACCAAACAAUCAAUUUUGGCGUGUCAUCAAAGCGUAUGCCCUUUCCAAUACAAACCAAGAAGAAGAGGCCUUUACCAUCUUAAGCGAUCUAGUGAAAGAGAGUGUUGAAGAUACGACUGUAGGAUGGAUUUAUUACAUAUACAUCCUUCAAAAGAAUUCUGAAGGGUAUUACACCGCUGUUCGUUCAUUAUAUGCCAACAACCCCAAAAACAUUAAACGAAUGGAAGAGCGAUAUCUUCUAGCUGUCAUUGAAAAAGACUUUGUUCUUCAACAGAAACUCCUUGGAGACAUCGGGAGAGAAAAACCAAAUGACAAGAAGUACAAAGACGCACGAAUCAAAUUAAUGGCAGAGAACCCUAAAACAAAGACCACGGCAAAGAUGUUCCUCAAACGAUCACAUCAAACACAAAGUGAAAAGACGUUGUACCUCUCGUUACUUAAAAGGGAUGGAGAGAGUUUGGAGGCUCUGACUAUAUUAGAAGAACUCUUGAAGAGUAAAGAAAUCACAUUGUUUGAGAAACGAGAACGAACCCUUGAAUACCUCGAAGAAUUAAUUCAAGCAAAACAAUACGAAAAGGCCGCUGACUUGUCUUUGGCAUAUUUUGAGGAAUUCAAAGACAACGACUACAGCGCAUAUAAAGUGUUACUUGACGCCCUCAAAAAUAUCGAUACGGAGAAACACAAGAAAUACAUCGACUUCGUUCAAGAGGAGAAAAAGAAGGAAAUGACAAAGGAAAUGCAACGAGCACCUUAUCUGUUUGAGAUUGAGUAUUACACUAUACUCAAUGAUGUCCCUCAUAUCGUCGAGUGUGUUCUGACCUUCUUAAAUCUAUUCAACGACCUCAGAUCAACAGCUGCAGACGUAUUCCCAUUGAUCGGAGAUGAAGUCAAAAAGGCACUCCUCACAAGAACAGAGCAAUUUAAAACGUUUCACAGCGAGUUGUUGGUGUCUCUUCAUAAAGACGUUGAACGUGUCGACGGCAAUGCUGAAAGUACAUUUGCGUUAGUUAGUUCGUAUAUAGAGAGAUACACAACAACACUCAAUGUCAAGUUCUUGGAAGAUGGAAUUACUCUAUGCGACGAAGAGUUGAAGAAAGAUGAAGACGAAUUUGAGUUUUAUAUCUUGAAGAGUAAAAUGUACGAAUUGCUUGGCAUGCGCGAUUGUGCAUUUGAAGAGGUAAUGAAGGCACGAAUGGACAUCAAAGGAAUAUUACUGGAAUCGGUCGGGUAUCUCAUCUUCCCCCUUCAAUUCGAAUUUGGUGGGAACGACAAGAUGAAAAUAACUAACAAGAAGUACACCCACUUGUUCAACGAGCAUUUGAUCCAAAUGAAAGACAACAUCAACGAAGCACUCCAAACACAGAACUGGGAAGCUUAUGACGAUUUCUUCAACUUCGAAGAGAAAUUGAAGAACUCGGGGAUGAGAGAAGCCGUCCAAAUUUCUGACGUGUUGUAUCGCCUGUUGGACACCUUCGAACACACUUUUGAAAAUGGAAAGUUUUUGAAAGAAAAGUGUCAAGCAAAGGUACUAAAAAUUGUGGACUUUGAGGCAAAGGAAAUGUUGGUCGAUAACUCGGACUGGAGCGCUUGCUUCUCUGAGUUAUUCACAACACUCCCAGUCGUCAAUGAAAUAACCCCGUUUUACGAUAUUUUGCAUAGAACCGGAAAUUUCAAGGUCCUGAGACAAUAUCAAAAGGUUUUGAACAUUUUGAAAGGCGGAGAAAAGAUCGAAAUCGCAAAUGAACUGAAAGACGACGUGAUUUCGUCGGCACAAAUUGCAGUGAUCACUGCAGAGAACGUCGAAGAGAACUUGAAGAAAGUUGUCGAACUGUUAAAGACAGAGAAAAUUGCUCUGGGAAAACAGUUUACAUUGAAAAGAAACGUUUUGCUGAACGUUGUUGUCGUUGCGUUGACAAAAUGGAUUUUGCAUGGAAAAGUCGAAGCGAAAAUCCAAUUGGAAGAAAUUGCCGAAUUUUUGACUUCCAAAGCCGAGGUGAAGAGCGAGAUGAAAGAGCUUGUAAACGCUUGGGAGGUCCAACAAACCGAAUUGACAAAAACAGCAGAAAGGAUUUUGACAAUCGUAAAAAUGAUAUGA